GCCUUUCAGGGUGGGGAGGGAUCUCAGGCUCCCCGCCACCAGCAGCUGUGGGCUGGGAGGUUUGCAGCGACUGCAGUAUGCAUAAAUCAAUGCGUGGGGGUGUUAAAGUUAGAGAAGAGGUGGCUCUGCAGAACGGAGUGCUUUGUACACACAGCACCAGCCCAGACGAGAGGAGCAACACCAGAGAGAUGGGGAGCAUUUACAAAGAAUAAUUAGUAACCAUGACGACAGAGACAGGCCCAGAUUCGGAAGUGAAGAAUGCCCAAGAGGAAACUGUACAGCAGCAGCCAGAGGCGGCAGCAAGCGGGCUGAACACUGUGACCAGUAGCUCUACGCCCACGGCAAACAACCAGGAAGCUGAGGCGAACGAGAAACCAGGAGCCCACAGUGACUCUAAACAUGCAGAGCGGGCUGUGGACAUGGAUGAAAAGGACUACAGUGAAGCAGAUGGGAUAUCCGAGAAAACCACCCCUAGUAAGACCCAGAAAUCUCCUCAGAAAGUUACCAAGAAGCUCAAGAGUGCCAUCUGCAGAGUGACCCUGCUUGAUGCCUCAGAGUAUGAAUGUGAAGUAGAGAAACAUGCACGGGGUCAGGUGCUGUUUGAUUUGGUCUGUGAGCAUCUCAACCUCCUGGAGAAAGAUUAUUUUGGACUCACAUUCUGUGACUCAGAUAGUCAGAAGAACUGGCUGGAUCCCUCUAAAGAAAUAAAGAAGCAGACCCGCAGUGGCCCCUGGAACUUUGCCUUCACUGUCAAGUUUUACCCACCAGACCCUGCUCAGCUCACAGAGGAUAUCACAAGAUACUACCUAUGCCUGCAACUCCGAGCAGAUAUCAUCAGUGGGCGACUCCCAUGCUCUUUUGUUACGCAUGCACUGCUAGGCUCCUAUGCUGUACAAGCUGAACUGGGAGACUAUGAUAGUGAAGAGCAUGUGGGCAACUAUGUUGCUGAACUUCGUUUUGCUCCAAACCAAACCAGGGAGCUGGAAGAGCGUAUUAUGGAGUUACAUAAGACUUACCGGGGCAUGACACCAGGUGAAGCAGAAAUUCACUUCCUGGAGAAUGCCAAGAAGCUUUCUAUGUAUGGUGUAGACCUCCAUCAUGCCAAGGAUUCAGAAGGCAUUGACAUCAUGCUGGGUGUUUGCGCCAAUGGCCUUCUUAUUUAUAGGGACAGGCUGAGAAUAAACCGUUUUGCUUGGCCCAAGAUCCUCAAGAUUUCCUACAAGAGGAGCAAUUUCUACAUCAAAAUUCGACCUGGUGAGUAUGAGCAGUUUGAGAGUACUAUUGGCUUCAAGCUUCCCAACCACCGCUCAGCUAAAAGGCUCUGGAAGGUUUGCAUUGAGCACCACACAUUUUUCAGAUUAGUUUCACCAGAGCCUCCUCCAAAGGGCUUCCUAGUUAUGGGCUCCAAGUUCCGCUACAGUGGGCGAACACAGGCUCAAACACGACAAGCCAGUGCCCUGAUCGAUCGUCCUGCCCCAUACUUCGAGCGCUCCUCUAGCAAACGGUACACCAUGUCUCGCAGCCUCGAUGGAGAAUUCUCUCGGCCAGCUUCAGUCAGUGAAAAUCACGAUGGAGGAGCAGAAUCAGACAAGAGAGAUGAAGACAGCAGGUAUGGUGGACGGACGCGGUCUGAGACAGAAGAUGAAGAAGUGACCACCCCAACAAAAAUUAAGGAGCUAAAGCCGGAACAAGAAACCACCCCAAGACACAAACAGGAGUUUUUAGACAAACCGGAAGAUGUUUUGCUAAAGCACCAGGCGAGCAUCAAUGAGUUGAAGAGGACAUUGAAGGAACCCAACAGCAAACUUGUGCACAGGGACCGGGAUAGGAGGCUGCCAUCCUCACCCGCCUCUUCCUCUCCCAAACAUGAGGAUGAGACACCAAAGGGAACUCCAGAGAAGACCAAUGAGAUGUCAGAAGAGGAUUCUCCAGAGGAUCUAUCAUCCGAGCAUGGAGCUGCCUUAGUCAUGGAGUCUUUUACACAGAAAAGCCUUGUUUCUUCUCCUGAGGGUUCAGAGCAUUGGGUGUUUAUAGAAAGAAACACUUCAGGGCUGGAAGAGCUAGCACUAAAACAAAUUAGUGAUAUCCAGAAGGAGGAAACACGCACAGGUCCCUCAGAGAAGCAACCAACUCUGGAUUUAACAAAAAUGACCACUGCAGUAAGGGAACUCAAGAUGGCUGAAAAGCAGGAGGAAAAACCAAGUGAGGAAAGCAAAACACAAAUGCACAAAAGAGCCAAAAUGAUAGCCAGUCCAGAGGAUUUUGAAUCACUGUGGGAGGAUGAAAUGUGUGAAAGAGAGAAGAGAAAACACUCUUCUGAAACAGACGGACAGACAACUGAGGAAAGAGAUGUGCCGGCAGUAAUACUUGCUUCCACUGAACCUGAAGAGGAGAAAGAACCAAAAGACAAAAUGGAAGCAGUGGCUGUUGCCUCCACCAAACCCGGGAUGACUGAAGCAGAGAAAAAUGAGAUUGAAGUAAAGGUGGUUGCCUCUACUGAACCUAGGAAAAGAGAAGAGCCGAAAUACAAAACACAGACAGUAUUGGUAGCCUCCAAAGAACUUGAGCAACCAACCCAGUCCAUCAGUGGGCUAAGAGAAAAAAUUACUGAACCUGAAGAUUUACAAGCAGAAAACAUACCAAGGUGUGCUUCUUCUUGGCCAGAGUCUAAAGAAGAAAGCAAAAUUAUAAUACAAGAACACAGGACUAUUUUGACAGUGUCAGACAAGGAAGUGUUAAAAACUGCUUCUGAUUUUGAAUCUAUUAAACCUAAGGUGAAACUGAGCGAUAAGGCAGUAUAUUCUGCUACAGAAAGGAUCAUCUAUAUAGGUUCUGAAGAAAUAGACCAACAGGAUAAUGCGGCUGAGAAAGUACCUGACAGGGGAAAGCAAUACUCAUCUGAAAAGAAGCGAGAAAACCAAACAGACUUGUCAGAUGAAAAAGAAGAGACAGCUAGUCUUUCUCCAGUAGCAGAUUCAGGAGAGACAGGAAGACAUGAGUUUCAGUCCUAUUCACUUACACCUGCUGAAGGAAAAUCAGAGGUUAGUAAACCAAUUACAAGAUCAGCUCAGUCUGACAAAAAUACAGAAGAUGAUGAAUAUGUACAGCCUUUAGAACAGUGCUCUAGUAAAAGAGAGAAGCCUUCAUCAACUCUAGAGGAAAAAGCUUCUGUGGAUCCAACUGCUUGUGAGACCAAAGAUUACAGGGACACUAGGCCACUCUCUUCUACAGAGGAUUCAAGCCAAAGAGUUUCCAAUGUAUCAUCACAGCUAAAAUCUGGAUCACCCACAAAAGAAGAUAAAUCUAAUCUUACUUCUAAGCAAGAGCAGAGCAAUGAUGGAACACAUAGCCCUUUUCAAGAAGAUGAAGUAUCUGAUGAGAAGAGUGACAUCAUUGCCCAAAAAAGUGACAUAAUAUUCACAGCAUCGGAAAAUCAAAGGGAAAGAAACAAUUUAAAUGAAAUGGAAGUUUCUCAGAUACUGCUUCAAAUGGAAGACAUAGGGACUACAAAAUCUACCCCAGAUUCCUUGCCACAACAGUUUUCCUGUACUGCAGAUAUUUCAAAAGAAGAGCAACAUAAAACACAGAGUUUAAAGACAAGAGAGGCAGAACAGUUUGAAGCCCUUGAUUCAAGCAAGCCACCUGAGGCCAAGCUCUCUGAAACUCAAGAGUCUGCCCAAAAUAAAUGCAUACGUUCAGAAAAAUCUGUCAGUGAUAGGCACCCUGAAUUGGAGCCAGCAGCCAAAAAUGACAGCUGUGAAUUAGAUUUUGUAUCCAUAGGCAGACUCCAAGAACUGGAAGAUGAAGCCAAUGCCAAUUAUAUUGAAGUUGAUCAGAUGGCAAAAGAUAAGCCCCCUCCUUCAGAAGACUCAACUGAAGGUAAACCAUCAUUUUGGGACAAUAAUUCAGAAGUGAAAAAGACACAUGAAGUUGAACAGUCAGAUAGAAAUGAGAUCCAUAAAAUAGGUAAGUUCAGUAAAGAUGAACUUCACAAACCCAAUGAACAUGCAAAAGUAGAAAGGACAGCUAAGGAUAAAAUCUCAGAGGUUGAAGACAGAUACUGUGAAGAAAUGACAAAAGAUAAUCUCAGAAAUUCAGAGGUGUCAUCUCUAGACUCAGAAGACCAAGCCCAUGACAGAUCUAACGUGAAAAAGCCAUCUGUGGAUUACCUUUUAUAUCAUGCUGACUCCACAGAUUCUGUACCACCAGAACUGAGAGGAACACUCCAAGAUAACUGUCUUUUGAAAGAAGAAACUGGAAAUGUAAAUGCUGUCUCUCCUCAGAUUGGGGUGGCAGGAGACAAUAGGGAGUGUUCACAGCCUUCUGAUGUCACAACACAGAGCAGAGAACAACUUUUAACUUCAAGUGGAAAACAGAAACCAGACCUUGAACCACUGAAGCUCAUUUAUUGUGGCUCAUGUACUGCUGCUUCACCAGAAAAUGAUAAAAAUGCAGCUGUACCACUAGAAAGUGAUGGAGACUCCUUACUGCACAGAAGUGAGACAAAUGAAAAUAUCUCUGUAGCUUCUAAAAUCAAGAUGUUUGAGCAAGGCGAAGAGCACCGUCCACUUUUUCAUGAGCACCGUGAGGCCUCAAAGAAGUCCCUAGAGUAUUGUCCUGGCAGUGACAUACGAAAGGAUCUGCCAAAGAUGCACAUAGAGAUACAUAAGGAUAUUCCCAUAGAAAAGGAUGGUGCAAAAGUUAAAUCGUCCAUAGCCCCUUUGGAUAGCAAAGGAGAGGAUCCUGGAGAAACAUCAGAUGUUAUCUAUCUAGCCGUUGCACAAGGGCCAAGUGAUGGAGAACCAUCUCAGCCUUCAUCUUGGAAGGAAGAUAUUUCUGUCGGAUCAGAGCAAGGAGAAGAAGAAGGAGAUGCUGAACUGGCGUCUCCUGAUUCUGGCUGUGAAAUCACUUUGGCAGAAGCUGUGAGCAAAUUUCAAGAACCAUCUUGGGAAGAGAAGGAUUUAUCAGGCCCAUCAGUAAAAGCCUGUCCGAAAGAAGAGAGUACAAAGGCUGCUGCGCCAGUGGCCCCUCAGAAAGCGGGAUUGAGGGAGGGCACAGAGGAGAAAGCUAAGCCACCUCGGCACAGGGCUCCUGAAAGUGGGGAUGAGGAGCAAGACCAGGAGAGAGACUCAGUCUUCCUGAAGGACAACCACUUGGCCAUUGAGCGCAAGUGCUCAAGUAUCACCGUCAGCUCAACUUCCAGUCUCGAAGCUGAGGUGGACUUCACAGUCAUUGGUGACUAUCAGAGUUCAGCCUUUGAAGACUUCUCCCGGAGUUUGCCUGAGCUGGACAAAGAAAAGAACGAGGGAGAAGCAGAGGGUCAGAUUUUUUCUGAGGAAUCUAACAAACCAGCUGCCAGGCAGGAAGAUGAUGUCAAGGAUGGGGAUAAGGCUCAAGUAAUCCCAGAAGAGUCUUCAGUCAUAAAAACAGAAACUGUGAAAAAAACAGAAGCAGAGAAAUCUGUGCGGCAGAGAAUCACUGCAACAGAAAUUACACAGGUUGAUGGUGCCACCACGAGUGGAAAAGAGACCAUAACCACUUCCCACGUUGUCAGCACAGAAACCAUAUCAACAACCACAGAUCACAGCCCCAAGCCAGGGAAAGGAACAACAGAACUUCGCUCCAUUUCUCCAAUCACCAGCAGUGCUGUUGGGAAAGAAGCCUUCACAAGCCUGUUUGGCGCCACGGCAGAAACCCUCUCCACUUCUACCACUACCCAUGUUACCAAGACUGUGAAAGGAGGCUUUUCUGAAACCAGAAUAGAAAAACGAAUCAUUAUAACAGGAGAUGAAGAUGUGGACCAAGAUCAGGCUUUGGCUUUGGCGAUCAAGGAAGCAAAACUGCAGCACCCUGACAUGCUGGUAACCAAAGCCGUUGUAUAUAGAGAAACAGAUCCAUCUCCAGAGGAAAGGGACAAGAAGCCACAGGAAUCUUGACCUUCGUAUUUCUAGAAGUUGGCAUCUCUAUUUUAACUUUGGAGUAAAGAAGGGGCCUUUAUGCUGGAUUCCUCGAUGAGACAUAGAACGUCCUGGCUGCAAGAAUAAUGUUGAGAGACAAAAAAAAGUAAAAAAAUAAAAAUAAAAAGGAAUAGCAAAUAUAUUAUAUAUUAUAUAUACAGGAAACAAAACGCAUCCUUGCACUGCUGCUAUAUGCUGGAGAUGAAUUACAAACAGCAACAUUAGCAACAAACAAAACCUACCACCUCUUCAAAUAAAUUGAAGAAUUGACUCAACUGAUCUAAAAGGAAAAGUAUCAUAAUGGUAAUAAUAUUAUUAACAAAACAAUAAACCACCAUUCUGCAUGUUACAUUUAAAGGAAACACAAUUCAUUUGUUGCACACUGAAAGGAAAAGCAAAAAUGCUUUGCAACAAAGCAAGAAAUCAACAAGCAAAACAAGCAGAAAUACAACAUGAUUCCCUGCAUAGGAAAUAUUCAAAAACCAUUCACUUGUAUAAUUCUUGUUUAAUUAUUUUCCAGUUUGGGAUGUGUGGUGAUUGCCCUUUCUCUUCACUCCAUGCCACUUCUGUUGCUCCAUCUUUUUGGUUCUGUUACUUUCCCAACCUAUCCUUCCUUUUUUAACCUCUCUUCCUUCCAUCCAGUCCCUUGUUCUUCUGACAAUAAUUAAGACUGGAGUUCACGUAAAGAAAAGCAAAACAAUAUGUAUAUGAUUUCUCAUUGAUCAAAAUGCAGCCUGUAGAGGUUUCAUAUGGAUGUGCUUUUAAGUUAUGUAUAUUAUAUAUAAGUGGGGAGGGUGGGGAAUGAUAUUAAAACAAAUUAAACAGUGCUGAUAAGUAUGACAAUGACAUUUUUACAUUAUAAUUAUUUGAUUGACUGUGGUUAAUGUAUUGCAGCUCUUAGAUCAUGCUGAUAUCCCAUGAAAACAGUAGGGGAAAAAAUCACUAAUUCCCCUUAGGGGUGGUAUUUGUCUGUCACUCACCUAUCCUGCACUUUUUGCAAAAGGUUUUGGCAUAGUGACAAAAUAGUGUUUGUAAUUGGUUGGUUGGUUGGUUGGUUGGUCAGUCGGUCAUUAAAAUAGCAUUCAACAACUUGGGAAGGGAGUCAAAGAAGACAGAAUGGAUCAGUGUUAUUGCAGCCCAGUUAGAGUCACUAAAAUGUGCUAAUCAACAAUGUCUCCCACAUUUUCUUGGCCUGGGAUAUGAAGGUCACCUUGGAGACAUGAGAUCAGGUUUCAGAUCUCCUCUUUCAGAGCCUUUCAGUGUCUAGAAGUUUUUGCUCUCCGAGAAGUAUAUAGCUGUAGCAAAGCUAAAAUGGCUUGUACAUCAGUACUUCAGGUAACAAACUUUGGCUGCAAACCUAGAGUUUCCCUCAAACUGACUGGCCACAAUAUUCCAUUUUAGCACCAUGUCUGAAAUGCACCUUGUAGCUCCCCAGGGGAAGAAUCUAAGCUGAGCAAGGAGGCAUCUCUCUUCUGCUCCCUAUAUGUUUUGCCAGGGUGCCAUUCUGCCAUUCAGCAGACACUAGUGGGGACACAGGAUGAAACAGAAUUGCUUCUUUCUGAAUACAAUUUAUCUAUAUUCUUGCAUAACUUAGAAUGGUUUAUUAAUGAACAAAUUGUAAUGGUUUCCUGAGUGUUCAUCCAUCUAGAUUACAGCAAGUUGUGAAGCUUGGUGAAAACAGCCCAGUAAAUGUUGUGAGAGUAGGCAAGGCUCGGAUGUGAAGAAGACAUUAAUUGUCCAGAACCUGGAACUUUGAAGUUUUCCUUUAGUGUUUUUUAUCAAUUGCCAUCAUACCUUGUAUGAGAAGAUAUGUGUUGCAGGGAGGAGGACAAAAUGAGUCUGCUUCCAGUGGAACAGUUAGUGCUGCAGAGGGGGGGGCCAAAGAACACUGCACCAUACUUGCUUUCUAUUUCCCCCUUUCCACAUGUAUUUGAUAUUUCAAAAAGGACAUCUAACUACUGUCUGUGAUUAGAAUCGAGAGAUCUUGGAGAGAAGGGGCCUACUUGAAUAUGUUGAAGUGGGAUGAGAGUGAUA